AGGUCAGCUCAUAUCCGUGCGAGUGAUUUGAAGGUUCAUGGUUUUGGGGGUUUUAAUAAACUGAUUUCUACCUUAAUAGAGUACAUUUGUGCACUAAAUAACCCUGAUUAGCGUAGCCCGAAAGUGAUGGCCGAGUUGCUGAUCGAUCCCAACAUCCGCGGGUGGGUGUUCCUGCCGAUAGUGGUUAUCACCUUUCUGGUCGGUAUCAUUCGCCACUACUUUUCGAUAUUGAUUUCCUCACAGAAGAAGGUCGAACUGACGCAGAUCCAAGACAGUCAAGCGAUGAUCCGCGCUCGGUUGCUGCGGGAAAACGGCAAAUACCUAACCCCACAGGCGUUUGCGAUGCGAAGGCACUACUUCAACAACGAGGAAACUGGUUACUUCAAAACGCAGAAGCGAGCACCACCGAGUCCGAACUCGACGGCCAUGCUGUCCGACCUGGUCAAGGGAAACUUUAUCAACGUCCUGCCGAUGAUUGUGAUUGGUGGCUGGAUCAAUUGGAUGUUUUCGGGCUUCGUUACCACAAAGGUUCCCUUCCCGCUGACGCUGCGCUUCAAGCCGAUGUUGCAGCGCGGAAUCGAACUGGCUUCUCUGGACGCUGCUUGGGUCUCGUCCGCUUCCUGGUACUUUUUGAACGUUUUCGGCUUAAGAAGCAUUUACACGCUAGUGUUGGGCGAAAAUAAUGCGGCCGAUCAGACGCAAACGAUGCAGGAUCAGAUGUCCGGUGCUGCCGUUGCAAUGCCCCAGGAUCCGAAGGCGGCUUUCAAAGCCGAAUGGGAAGCGCUGGAGAUCACCGAAUAUCAGAACGCACUGGCGAACAUCGAAGCCGAGCUGCUAGCCAGCUCGGCUGUAGGAUCUGCUUCCGAUGCCGCUGCCCAAGCACAGCACAACCGAGAGGAUGGGGCGUUGCGAAAUUAACCUUGCAUUUUCUUCAGGCUGUUCGCUGCCGAGCCACGGGAUUGGUGGUGGCGGUGGUGGUAAUAAACAGUGCAUAGUUUAGUGUUAAUUUGUUGUUUCAAAGCUAGAAAAAAUAAUCAUGUGACAUCAUCGCUGUAUCAUCUUGUAAUGGAAGUUUAGGGUUAGUGAACAUCCUAGACGGAAGGAUUAGCCUAUACUAUUUAUGUUAUCAGCUAUCAGCAUUUCACGCAGUGUUUUUUAGAGCGAUGCGGACGGGAACAUUAGUUUAGGUAGCGCUAAGAUUGUACUAUAGCUCAAUGAAACCGAAUAAAAGCCACCAGA